CGCCGCCAUCUUGCGUUGAGGGUCGGGGUUGGAGCUGCAGUCGCUGCCGGAGUCGGCGUGAUGCUUUUAACAACAGUGUUGCUCCGCAAGAGAAUUCCUGGAAAACAAUGGAUUGGAAAGUACAGGCGACCAAGACCAGUUACCCUUUCAAUGAAGCAAGCAAUGAUCCGAAGGCUGGAAAUUGAAGCAGAAAAUGAAUAUUGGCUGAGUCGACCUUACCUGACAAGGCAACAGGAGUACAAACAUAAUACGGAAGAGAGACGUGCAAGAUGGGAAGCUUUCAAAAGUCGGAUAAUGACCAAGUGCCCUGAGCAUAGAUACAUCAGUGAUGAUUUAAACCACUUAAAUGUGACAAAAAGGUGGACAUCUUGAAUAAUACAGCAUAUUUUUAUUUGGUGUGUAUUACACACUACAGUGGGAUCUCCUGUUGUACCUAUUAUGGUAGUUUUGUAAUUGAAUAUAGCAAUGGUGGAUGACAAAUGAGACUGGCUACAGUGCAUAAGAUCUUCCAUUAAAAGUAGUCCUACAGAACAAGUAUAUGUUUUCUUAUUACUGUCUCAGAAAAGGAAGUUCUUUUUGUGGUUCUGCUGUCUGCCCGCCUUGUGUUCUUCACUGGUUUUGCAUGAAAUAGCCUGAGUCACCAAGUACAGUGAUAAUGAUUGGAACUAAAUAUGACUUCACGAGUUUUCUUUUGAAAGCUAGGGGAACAGACCUGCUCUGUUUAAAGGGAUUGUCUGCUGAUAAUGAUCAGAUGGCUUUUGCUAUUCACACUUUUUUUCUGAAGGGAUAUUUUGUGUCCAGCGUUAUUGAAACACAAAUCACAAUACUUCAUAGUGCUCACUUCAUCAGGCAUGCAAGGACCAAGAUGAAGUAGGACUAGUUAGGUGUGUGAGACAACCUCACAAAA